AUGAGCCGUUUACAUAUUCAUGACAUCGAAUCUUUACGCGCCAGCUCCGCACCCCUACCGCUGACGGUUGCGCCCGCCACUUCCUCCGAGCAUUUCAAGUCCAUUCACACUCGCCAAAGACCUGUCGCCUGUCGAUUGGACCAUCACUUCAGCGCCGAGAGCAGGGACUUCAAUGGUGCCGAUUUCAAGAAAGGUGCGAGCCCCAUCGGACCACGGAAGAUCAUUCCUCUUGGUACUGGACGACCAACAGCCGACUAUUAUCCGUGGGAAUCAUUUACAUUCCACGGUGUCUCGCCUGCUUCCCUGGCGAGUAGCACAGCUAACGACUCUGGCCAUUCGGUUUACACAGUCACAAAGCGAGAUGCCACGUACAAUCUCUCGCUAGGAAUGAAUUACGGUCAUGCGGCAGGUUCGCCGCAUCUCCUGCGAUUCAUCACGGAACACAUUGAGCUGGUCCAUAAUCCGCCAUAUCAAGACUGGCGUACUUUUCUGUCUUGCGGCGCGACAGUGGCGCUUGAAGUUGCCCUGCGGAUAUUCUGCAAUCGGGGUGAUUGGAUUUUGACAGAACAAUACACCUACUCUGGAACACUCGAGACUGCAACCCUGACCUGUGCACGAGUGUAUGGAGUUGAAAUGGAUGCGGAUGGUCUUCGGUCCGAUGUCCUAGAAAGAACCCUCGCCUCUUGGGACACAUCUAAGGGCAGGAAACCAAGAGUAUUAUAUACCAUACCUACAGGCCAAAAUCCCACAGGAUACAGCCAGUCUCUGGAGAGACGUGCAGCCAUCUACGCGAUCGCGGUCAAGCAUGACCUGAUCAUAAUCGAAGAUGACCCUUAUUACUUCCUCCGUCUGGGUCCCUACAACGAAGCAAGUACAGACGCCGAAGAACCCACAAAGAUAUCUCCUGAUGCAUUCUAUAGCACUGGAGACCCAUCCUACCUCUCUCUGGAUACAUCUGGCCGCGUCGUGCGCCUGGAUUCGACGUCUAAGAUUCUCGCCCCAGGGCUGCGCGCGGGCUGGGUGACUGCAUCAUCGCAAAUCAUCGACAAGUUUCUCGCCUACCAGGAAGUUAGUACCAUAGCAGUGAGUGGCUCGUCACAACUAAUGCUAUGGAGCCUCCUUGAUCAGGGGUGGGGCCACACCGGCUUCUCGUCCUGGUUGCUGCAUCUCUCAGGGGAGUACCGACAGCGUCGUAAUAUCCUUUUACGCGCAUGCCAACAGCACCUUCCAAGAGAUAUAGCAGAGUGGGUGCCGCCGCGGUACGGCAUGUUUCUUUGGAUUAAAGUGAACUGGAGACGACACCCUGUAAUAGGCAAAUUCGAAACAAAGGCGACGCCAGAGGAGGUGGAUUCCCGCCUUCAAGGGCUGGAGGCCCAGAUUGUUUCUGAUGCGCUUAGUCGAGGCGUUUUGAUCACCAAGGGCUCACUUUUUUCUUGGAAUAAGAGACCCAACGGCGAGCUGCACUUCCGGAUGACCUUUGCGGCGGCCGAGAAGGCAGAUUUGGAAGAGGGCGUGAGGCUUCUCGGGGAGACUCUGAGAGGUGUAUUUCAGACAUGCUUAGAUUAG